GCAUUAACCCUCCGUCACUGUAGCGCUAUGAUUCCAUAACCGCAAUAAGUUCUAUUUUGAUAUUGCGCUGCCAAGCAGCUUUCGUUACUCAUGGUAGUGCGCUACACGCCGGAGCCGUGUAAACUCCAUCGACAUGUCUGUACGUCAUGCCAAACCUUAGUCACCCAGCAGUUCAUUUAUCUGUAGCCAAUAGCCAUGUAUAGCAACACGUAACUGGCAACAUAGCAUGUCAUCCCUACAUGUAACACGCUUGUGAAGUAGACCAGUAAGGUUAUUCAGACCUGGCUAAUUUUGGCACAGCUGCGUGUAGGCGAGUUGUGUCUCGGUUUGGCUGAUUGAAACCGGAAAUUUUGUUGAAUAGGCUCCGUUAUGGUGUGAACGUUAAUCUGGAAAUGAAAAUGGACAUUUCUGUGCAAGAAUUCAGAACCAACUCCGUUUACGACAGAGCUCCCCUCACUGGUAGCUUGUGACGCUGCAUCCCUGUGUGUGACCUGCUGCGUCUCUGAAGAUGUCCCCGCACGUCGUCCCGCUCCUCCUGUGCGCUCUGGUCAGCUGCUGCCGCUCCGCCCAUCAGGGCCCCGGCGCCGGCGCCAGCGGCAUCGACAUCGCCGCCAAUCUGGGCAGCGUCCUGCCCACGCUGUCACGGCCGGCCAACGCCAGCCGCAUCUUCUACGGGGUGAUGUUCGACGCGGGCAGCACGGGAACACGCAUCCACAUCUACACCUUCAUCCAGUCGGGACCAGAUGUGCUGCCUGUUCUGGAUAAUGAAAUGUUCCAUUCUGUUAAACCUGGUCUGUCUGCGUUUGCCGACACGCCUGAGAUUGCUGGAGAGACGGUGCGGCAGCUACUGCGGGUGGCUAAGAAGACGGUUCCGCGCCUGGAGUGGAAGAGAACCCCCGUGGUUCUAAGAGCAACUGCCGGCCUCCGGCUCCUCCCCGCCAAGAAAGCCCAGGCCCUGCUGGACGAGGUGCAGGACGCCUUUGAUGAGUCCCCUUUCCUGGUCCCGGAGGACAGCGUCACCAUCAUGGACGGCAUCGAUGAAGGGAUCCUGGCCUGGGUGACGGUGAACUACCUGACAGGUCGCAUGCAGAGGAAGAGUGAAAACACAGUCGGGAUCCUGGAUCUCGGCGGGGGAUCCACUCAGAUCACUUUCCUCCCCAAACACAAGAAAACCACUGAAUGUGCUCCUGAUGACUACACAGCAAAGUUUGAUCUCAUGAACGCUACAUAUGAGCUCUAUACCCAUAGCUACCUGGGGAAUGGGAUCAAAGCGGCUCGUCUGUCGGCGCUGGGAGCUCUGGGAGCAGAAGGCCUAGAGUGGAGGGAGUUUCACAGCAGCUGCCUGCCUAAGAAGUUUAAGGAGGACUGGAGCUUCGGUGGCCUCACCUAUAAAAUCAGCGGCAUCCCUGAUGGCUACGCUGGCUACCGGCUGUGCUACCAGGAGAUGGAGCGCGUGGUGAAGGGCAUCGUGCAUCAGCCCUACGAGCUCAAGGACUCCAGCGUCUUCUACGCAUUCUCCUACUACUUCGACAUCGCCGCGACAGCUGGUCUCAUAGAUGAGAGACAGGGUGGGAUGGUGAAGGUCCAAGACUACAAGAGGCGAGCCAAAGAAGUGUGCAACAAGAUGGCCAAGUACCGCCUGGAGAGCCCCUUCCUCUGCAUGGACAUCACCUACAUCACCUGCCUGUUGAAGGACGGCUUCGGCUUCAAAGACAACACUGUGCUACAGCUGACUAAGAAGGUGAACGGUGUGGAGACCAGCUGGGCUUUGGGUGCCAUCUUGGAACACUUCCAGAGCAUCCAGAUCCACCAGGACCACGCCUCCCCAGACAGCAGUACACUUGCCCUCCACUGAUCUGCCCCUGGCUGGGGUAUCAGCAGCACACUUGCCCUCCACUGAUCUGCCCCUGGCUGGGGUAUCAGCAGCACACUUGCCCUCCACUGAUAUGCCCCUGGCCUAGGGCACAAGCUGCUGUCUGGAUAGGAUCAGACUCUAAAACUCACAACAACUUCUCCCAAUGUCACCAUCAAGGAUUUGGGUAUCACUUUACAAACAGAGUACACGUGUGUGUGUGUGUGUGUGUGUGUGUGUGUGUGUGUGUGUGUGUGUGUGUGUGUGUGUGUGUGUGUGUGUGUGUGUGUGUGU